AUGCCUUUGCGGUGUGGGCGUGCUGUUGGAGUAACGACUCGAUGCGCCCAAGGCCCACCUGUAGGUGUGCGGCUUUCGUUGCAUCAGCUCCCAGGACUCUGGCAUUUGAGUGCAGAGAGAGUGGUGGCGAUGAUCUCUUUUCACUGUGGCUCUUCGAUACGAAGCGCCGACAUUGAGCAUACUGCCAGACCCAUCUUCUUGACGUGGACGCCAUGCCGGGUGGGCUCCGGUAAACACCUACUUGCUGCCGCUGAAAGUAAUCGCGUACCACCUGGAAGUAUCAAAUCUGCUGCCGGUGGAGAAGCGGCGGUGUCAUGA